AUGGCCCCUGCUCAGCCUGAAGCCUUCAAGAAGGAGGCUGACAUUAACUGUUCAGAAUCAAUUAGAAACGGAGACAGUGAUGUUCGAGGUGCUUCCAUCAACGACGGUACAGUCGACCAGGCGACUGCCCUUAAACUGGCAAUCAAUCAUCGACGUCUGAAUGGACGACAAAUCCAACUUACCAGUAUUGCCGGUUCAAUUGGAGCAGCUUUGUUCGUUGCUAUUGGAUCUGGUUUGACCGGUGGCCCUCUUGCCCUUCUUCUUGCCUUCCUUUUUUGGGCAACUGUCGUCUUCAGUGUCGCCAAGUGCCAAUACGAGAUCGUCACCCAGUAUCCUCUCGAUGGCUCAUUCAUUCGUCUGGCAGGCCAUAUGGUCGACCCCGCCUUGGGUGUAGCUGUUGGCUGGAAUCACUUUUUCGCUCAAACAUCCUACGUAAUCUUCGAGUGCACAAUCAUCAAUUCGCUUGUCCAGGUCUGGGGUUACGACCAGUCUCCAGCUAUCCUCAUCACGAUUUCCAUAGUCCUCUACAUGGCCAUCAACAUCUAUCGUGCAGACCUGUUUGGGGAAGUUGAAUUCUGGCUGGCUCUGGGCAAGAUUUUGUUGGCAACUGGACUGCUGCUAUUCACUUUCAUUGCUAUGCUGGGCGGAAACCCCCUGAACGACCGAUUUGGAUUCAGGCACUGGAAAGACCCCGGCCCGUGGAAAGGUGACACUGCCGGGGAGCAAUUGAUGUCUUUCGUCAAUGGUGUCAACGUUGCUGGAUUCGUCAUGGCUGGUCCAGAGUAUAUCUCGAUGAUUGCGGGAGAGGCCAAAGAUCCUCGGCGUACAAUUCCCCGAGCCUUCAACACAAUCAUGUACCGUCUCGUGUUUUUCUUCAUUGGAGGAGCGCUUGCUGUUGGAAUUCUCGUUCCUUAUAAUGACACGACACUGACCGGAGGAGCUGACACGUACGCUGGCGCUUCACCUUACGUGAUUGCAGCGGUUAGGCUUAAGAUUCCAGUCCUGCCUUCCAUCAUUACCGCUGCCCUCAUUACUAGCAUCGUCUCCGCUGGAAAUGCAUAUACUUUUAACGCCUCUCGCAGCCUGCACGCUCUGGCACUCGAGGGACAAGCACCCAAGUUCCUGCGGAAACUGAACAAACAUGGUGUUCCUUAUAUGGCCGUUAUCGUUGUCAUGGUUCUGGCCUGUCUGUCAUAUCUGGCACUUAGUUCAGGAACUGCAAAGGUUUUGAACUGGAUUUUGAAUUUCUGUACCGCAGCCACUAUGCUCAACUGGGCCGUCAUGUCAUUCACAUACAUCCGCUUCCACCACGCGAUGAAAGCCCAGAACAUCGACAAGAAGUCAUUCCUACCAGUUGUGUCGCGACUGCAGCCGUAUGCUGGGUACUGGGCAUUUUUCUGGUCCUUCUUCUUCCUCUGGGUCCAAGGCUAUGCCGUGUUCCUGGAUGGCAAGUGGGAUGUCGCUACAUUUAUCUUCAACUAUGGCAUUAUCGGACUGGCUACUGUCAUCGCUAUUUUCUGGAAGAUCUUCAAGCGCACGGCGUGGCACAAGUCUAAGGAUGUUGACCUUCGCAGCGGUCUGGAGUUCUUCGAGGCUUUGGAUGAUCACUACCGCCAGGAACGGGAGAACGACCCUCCUUCUAAGUUCGGCAGGGCUCUUGAAAAGGUUUUUUAA